UCUUUUACACAACGAUCAGCUCUGUUACCAGCUACUGGAAUUGCGACGGAAACGGGGGCGCCAACGUCAGCUCCUCCAACAUCCUCGCCCGAAAAAGCCGGUUCUAUGAUGAAUCGGUUAGUAUCUUACCAUACUGGUGCUACCAGCACAAGCAACAGUAACAGCAGUUCCGCACGCUCGCCUCCACAGCCCCUGUCUCAUCUCCAGCGGCCUCAGCGACGCCUCAUCCGUGAUUCUGACGAGGAAAGCGACUCUGGAAGCAAGAGUAAUCACCCUAUUGACUCCACAAUGGUUGACGGUGGUAAUACACAGCAUUUUUCCAUGAAAUUAGAAAAGCAGGAUUUCAGCAGCAGUAGACCAUUCCCUGACCGUCCAUUGCAAGAACAGCAACGAGAAAGCAUCGUUGAUCAGUCACUUUCAACUCAACGACCACUUGUUACAAUAGCAACGCUUGAGGCGACUGGCGCUCAAUCUCUUGUCUCAACUAAGCCCAUUGACCAGAAAGCGGAAACGGAGUUAUCAAGCGCCUCAUCAUCGAGUGCAGCGACUGAGAUAAUCACAUCUUCAUCAUCUCAGACAGGAGCAUCAUCAGCACCGCCUUUAACAGCGCUUUUUGCCCGUACAGCACAUAAAAGUCUUCUCUCGAUAGAUGUCCAAAUUCGCUUGCUAACCAGUGUUUUGAAACAUGACCCAUUCAACUGUCCGAUUCGGCGAACGACUCAAGUCUGGCAACAAAUUGCACGAGAACAAGGCAUUUCAGCGCGAACGUGCGCUCGCCGGUAUGAAAACAUUAUACAGGACAGUAUCUCUGGAAAAGACAAAUACCUUGUGGGAACUGAAGAACAGAUCGCGACUAAGAAAACGUUGCUGGAGCAGCUCCUCAAGAUGAUGAACCAGCCCCAAGCCUUAGUACGGAUGCAGAAAAGGAAGCGCUAUCGAUCGGAAGAAGAAGAUCGAAAGUUACUGUUGGAAGUCAUUCGAUUGAACCCAUUCGCGCAAAAGAUCGGGCAGAUAGCGAAAGCCUGGGAGGAUGUCCGAGAUGCAUUGGGAAUGAAGGUCCAUGCUCGCCAGUGUGUCCGGAGAGUUAAUAGGAUGAUUAAGCCGUAUCAACUUCGGGAAAAAAUGUACAAUGGGAAUAUUCCGGAGAAUAUGAGAGAGAUAAAUGAUGAAUUGAUAAAGCAGGUCAUCCAGCUGAUGUAUACGGGCGGACAUGGCGGCGCUCUUGAGUACGAUGCAGAAGAGGAGCAGUCCAAUGACGAGGAUAGUGCGUCUGGCGAGUCUUAUUCGGAUGAUCAAGACGAUCGGCCAUUUGAAGACUCUGAGGUCAAUAAGAAAAGGAAACCAUCGCAAAAUGAGGAUGAGCUUGAGGAAGAUAGAAAUGAGCCUAUAGCUAGCCCACUAGCGCUACCAGAUUUGUCAUCUCGCCUUAUUAUGCCCAUGAAGAAAACUAUGGCAACAGCUGCCACGGCAGCGAUGCAGUUGCCAUUGGUAUCAAGCUCCUUGGAACCAACCACGGCCUUGUCGUUGGAGUAUACUCCCGAUAAUUGGCCCAGUCGAAUACCCAGUUCAAGUAGUGCUAUGGACCUGAAGGAGGGCCCUAAAGAUACCACUACUAUAGUAAUAGGAGAUCAUAGGGCAGCUAUUCGAGCGUCUGAGCCUGAAAUUCGACCACAGCAUAACUGGGGAUCACAUCCAUACUCACAAACACCGAUAGCAUCUAUGCCACAGAACAAGGAAUCAAAUGCGGAUCAUCACCGUCCUCUGAAGUAUCACAGAAUAGUCCCGAAAGAACACGUCAAUGCGUUCACCAACGAGCAGCAAGAUUAUGGCUCACAACGGCAGCCUUCUCAGAAACAAUCAUUUGUAAAAAACCCAUCUCCAAAUGAAUCACCUUGCCCUAUCAUGCUUACUCCAAUGGUCACAUCUGUUACCUCGUCCUCAGCCUUUACUCAUAUAGGGCAAAGAGAAGGGCAUGAGUUUCUCGACCCUUCAUCUCCGCUCUAUCAUACCAUCAUGAGAGAAUUCUGUGAAGUGAAGGCCUGUCUCAUACGAUUGGGUGAUCAGCGGCUGCGUGAUAAGGAGGGCCGCAAAAAGAUGUAUACCUUGAUUGAAACAUUACAACACCAAGUUCAGGAACAGCAGCGUGAAAUCAAUGAACUUCAAUCGCAGAUCCAGAGCCAAGAUGAUCACCAGCGAAGACAAGCUUCCUACAGGCGCUCUUCUCCACAAUACCAACCACAGCGCUAUCAACACCAUCAUCACCAUCACCACCGUCCGCAAUCACAACAGGCACAGCAACAGCAAAAAGCGUUUCAAUACGAACAUUCACCGCCAAUACGUUCCAUUCAAGAAAGACCUUUGAGUGCAGACGGUACAGGCGUAAUAAGGGAAAUUGAACAUGACUCACAGCUUCCCCUGCCGACCGCGCUUACACCGAUGAUGUCUGAUCACCAUAAUAGCGGAAGUAACAAUAGCGGCCUUGAUAUCAAUAGUAAUGGUAACAGCAAUAGUAGCAGACCUAUGCAAGACAGAGUCUCUAUGAUAUCCGCAUUGUCUUAUGAACAUCGAUCAUCAUUACGCGGAAGCAGUACAACGGUGAGGGCUGUCACGACUACCUCGAUAAAGGCCAGUGGUAGUACUGGAAAGAAGAUGGAUGAGGGAUGCUCAACGUAAUUCAGCACGACUGAAAGCGCUAGCAAUAAUAGUAAUAAUAAAAUUAUGACGGGACAUGUGCUUUCUUCUUUUUAUUUAGAGUCUACGGUAAUAGCGAUAAUGGU